UUUAAAAGUAAAUUCAAGUUUCUGACAUGUCUUUUAACUGUGGUGUAUGGUAAACAAUAUCCGUAUGAGUGUCUAAUAACAGUAAAUAAAAAUAAAAGGUUAAGUUGAGACAUUUUUUUUUUUUUUGCUCUGGACUCUCGACAGCAACAGAUAUCGCAAACACUGGAUGGGAAUAAUCGUGGCUCUCUGGCCAUGUUCUCUUGCGCCAUCUUGCUCGUGGCCAAUCCACCUCUUUUAUAAAGCAGCUAGGGCGGGGGCGCUAGGGGUUUGUAUGUGCGUGUCUCUGAAGGGUUUCGGAUUGGAGAUGCAGAAAGAAAGGGCAGUUUCGAGGAAGUGACGGACGAGGCUUGGGGGACUGGUCAGAGGAAGUUUGCUCGAUGGUGGUACCGUGCUGCUGAACGAAACUUUUCCCCCCCUUGAGCGCCAGCGGCACCGUGGAUCGGGACGGACGGAUCCAGCGGCGCAGGGGGCUUUUUGUUUCCUCGCCACAGCAGCGGUACUGAGGAAUAACUUGAGGUUGGGAGAGGGGAAAAAAGGAAAAAAAAAAAAAAAAAAAAAGGGGGGGAUCGCAGAGGAAUUUCACUCCCGCAACCAAGCCCCCCUUUUUCUUCUCUUCCCCCGCGUCUCUGGGUUUUUUUUCUGGGAUCCGCGAUGGGGAAGGAGCAGGAACUUCUUGAAGCGGCGCGGACGGGAAACCUGGCCGCUGUGGAGAAGCUUUUAUCCGGGAAGCGACAGUCCGCUGGCACCGGCAGCGGAUCGUCAGGGACCGGUGGAAGUGGCAACAGCGGCGGGCACGGCGCCUCCUCUCAUCCGCUCUCCAGUCUGCUCAGCAUCUGGAGAGGCCCCAAUGUGAAUUGUGUGGACAGCACUGGAUACUCCCCUCUCCACCACGCCGCCCUUAAUGGACACAGCGAGGUAGUGGAGGCGCUGCUACGAAACGAGGCCUUGACCAACAUUGCUGACAACAAGGGCUGCUACCCUCUCCAUCUGGCUGCGUGGAAGGGAGAUGAACAUAUCGUCAAACUGCUCAUUCACCAAGGACCUUCACACCCCAGACUCAACGAGCAGAGCUCUGUAGACCAUAAAGAGUUCAAACGCUGUGGGCCCUUUGACCCCUAUAUUAAUGCCAAGAACAAUGACAACGAGACGCCGCUGCACUGUGCUGCCCAGUAUGGCCACUCCGGGGUGGUGCGGCUGCUGCUGGAGGAGCUGACAGACCCCACCAUGAGGAACAACAAGUUUGAGACUCCGCUGGACCUGGCUGCACUAUACGGGCGUCUGGAGGUAGUCAAGCUACUGCUCAGUGCCCACCCCAACCUGCUCAGCUGUAACACCAAGAAACACACACCGCUGCAUCUGGCCUCUCGGAACGGACAUCUGUCUGUGGUGGAGGUGCUGCUGGACGCUGGCAUGGACAUCAACUACGAGACGGAGAAAGGCAGUGCCCUCCACGAAGCAGCUUUGUUUGGGAAGGCAGAUGUGGUGCAGAAACUUCUCAGUGCAGGUAUCGAUGUGAACAUUUCGGACCAGAAGGGCCUGACGGCGCUGGACACUGUCAAGGACAUGCCCUCGCAGAAGAGCAGAGAGAUAGUUGCUCUCAUCCUAGGUCACAUGACUGGAAAACCCCCUGACAUUGACCUUCCCCCACCACCAAUCCCUCCGCCUCAGGAGAGUCCCAGCCCACGGAAAAAGGGUGACCUGGAGAAGGUGAGCGAGUUGAUCUCGGGGCUGGCCCCGAGGCCUGAGGAGGAGAGCCCGUAUGAGGCUCUGUUUGAAGCCACCUCUUGCCACUCUUUGGACAGUCUCACAAGCGGCAAGUCCUCUGACAGGGACUCUGGACGGCCGGAUAGUGAAGCUGGCAAGAAAGAUCGCCUGGUCCACUCAUCACACCCUGGCCAUGAAGAAGAGGUGAGCUCAAAGGCCCUGUAUACUAAUAGCAGCAUUGAUGAGAGAGGUGAGCCGGUGGAGGAGGAGGAGGAGGAGGAUCACACGUAUGAGUUGUUGCUGACUGCACAGACCAAAGUCCCACCGCCCAGCCAGGAGUACCAGUCCAAUAAAGAUGAGAACACCACUACACAGUCUUCCAACAGUGUCCUACCUCAGCGUAAACCCACUGCCCCAAACGACCUCAGAGCCCCAAGCAAGACGAAAGACACCCUGCACCCUCCUGGACUGGUGGGCACGCGGGCACCAGGAGAUAACUCUCAGCUUAGCGAGGAUCAGGGAGCAGGUGUCCCAGAGCAGUUCACUGGCCUCCUGCACGGAUCCUCCCCUGUCUUCGACUGCCGCGAGGAGCCCUUCAGGCUUCCAGGUGUUGAGCCAUCCACCCAGGUCCUGCCAGAAUCAAGAAAAUCUACCAAAGUAAAGGAGAAAAAAGCAACAGCUGCACCGCCACCUAGCCGUCCCAGCAUGGCCGCCAUCCUGACAGACUGUGACCCAAAAGCAAUUUACGCAACUGUGAACAAGGAGCCCAGGGACUCAGGGGCUGGGGCAGGGUCUUCCGUUAGGAUGCGACCUCCUGGGGACCUGAAGCUUGCACGUAGCCUCUCCAAGUCUGACUCUGACUUGCUCGUGUCGCCUCCUAGUGAGGAGGAAGGAGGAUUGGGAAACCGUAGCGAGUCUGUUUCUAACUGUAGCACUGGCAAGAAGAGGCUGGAGAAAUCUCCCUCUUUCACCUCAGAAUGGGACGAGCAGAAGCCGAAGACUUCUAUCGCCACAAAACAACGAAGAUCUAAUUCCUUUGACAGCAUCGAGAAGAUCAUGACACUGAUUGGCGCUGGCAUCGAUUUCUCCAGAGAUCAGCAAUAUGCUACACCAGCAGGUGCUGCUGGCCGGCUGUUGGACCAGCCUGUGGGAGACUGGCUGGAGCACGUGGGGCUGCCGCAGUACGAGAGCAAACUACUCCUGAAUGGUUUCGACGACCUGCACUACAUGGGGAGCAAUGUAAUGGAGGACCAGGACUUGAGAGAGAUUGGGAUCACAGACCCAAGCCACAGAAAGAAGAUCCUGCAUGCAGCGCGUUCAUUACCCAAGGUGAAAGCGCUAGGCUGUGACGGCAGCAGUUCCCUGUCCUCUUGGCUGGAGAAUCUGGGCCUGCACGAGUACUUGCAUAACUUCCUGGCCAGCGGGUACCGCUCGCUAGACUGUGUCAAAAACCUGUGGGAACUGGAGAUUGUCAAUGUGCUAAAGAUCUCCCUACUUGGUCACAGGAAACGCAUCAUUGCUUCCUUAGCAGAGAGGCCCUAUGAGGAGCCUCCAGUAAAGCCUCCUCGUUUGUCUCAGAUCAGGUGCCAAGACCUGCCUGGAUCCCAGACCUCGUCUCCCCUCAGUCAGAUGGAAUCCUACACGGGACGCUCAAUGGACCCUCUGCUGCCAGUAGGAGAGCCAGGGAGGAAAAAAGCUGCAGAUACUGACUAUGACGUUACCCAAAGAUAUCGCAGUGAACGACACAGAUCACACGAACGGUACGAAGAACGGCCUAGAGAGCCUCGUCUAACCCUGCGGCCGCCCAGUCUGGCAGCACCCUACGCCCCGGUCCAGAACUGGCAUCAUCAACCUGAGAAGCUCAUCUUUGAAUCCUGCGCCUACGAAGCCAAUUACCUCGGUUCCAUGCUUAUCAAGGAUCUACGGGGUACAGAGUCCACGCAGGAUGCCUGUGCCAAAAUGCGGAGGUCGACAGAACAAAUGAGAAAAGUCCCUACCAUCGUCCUCUCCAUCACCUACAAGGGUGUGAAGUUCAUUGAUGCAGCCAAUAAGAACAUCAUUGCCGAGCAUGAGAUCCGUAAUAUUUCAUGCGCAGCCCAGGACCCAGAGGACUUGUGCACAUUUGCCUACAUCACCAAGGACUUGCAGACCAGCCACCACUACUGCCAUGUGUUCAGCACAGUAGAUGUGAACCUGACCUAUGAGAUUAUACUAACGCUCGGCCAGGCAUUUGAGGUAGCCUACCAGCUGGCUCUGCAGGCCCAGAGGACCAAACACCAUAACAUCCCAGUGGGCCCCGGUUCAGAGGUCAUUGAGACCAAGUCCAGCCGACCUGUACCCAAACCACGUGGCAGUGUACGGAAGUCAGCGGGGGACAUUGUGGAACAGGAGGGGGAUUCCCAGUCCCAGGGCAGCACCACGUGGCUCGUGGACCCCAAGGAAUCCAAGCGCACUAUCAGCACUAAGUACGAGACCACCAUAUUCUGAGUGGACCCCUCUUCCUCCUGACCUCUGGGCCUGGUCUCACCCCUCUACCCUUCCCUCCUUUUGUGUGCCUUUCACUGUGACUCUUGCCUCUCUCUCUCUCUCCCUCUCUCUCCCUCUCUGGGCCGGAACUCUGCCCUCCUUCAUCUCCCCUUCAGCCGUCACUUGUGUUCCCAUCUUAAAACAACACAACCUGCGACAGACUGCUUUGCUCCUCCCUUGUGCUGAACCACCUCCACGUCUACUCUUUUUUAUAUUGAUUAUUAGUGCAACCCUUCUACUUUUCCAAUCCUUUUCCAGCUGGUAUCACUCACACUACCAACCUGCCACUCACCUUCACCACUGUUAUUCACCUCUCUGUUUACCUUGUAUGCUCCCUGAACUGUGUGUACAAUGCUUCCCUUUCUUUCCUCGUCAACAUCCCACUAUUGACUCUUGGUGAUAAGCUCUGUUUUUUUUCUUGGUGCUUUUCCUGCUCUAUUAGGCGAUGGCCACUCUGAGGCUUUUCACUCUGAUCUUUCAACUCGUGACUUCUCCGAGUGCCGAGAAAAUCUGACAUACCACAGCCGAGAGCGACCCAAUGCACACAUCCUGUACCUGGAUGGACAUGAGAAACUGGUUCUGUAAUUCUAUGCUGGACAAAUUUAGCAAAGUUUCUGUCCAGUGGAGUUCAGAGGUUGUGGUAUUAGAGUGGUUACACUGGAUUAACUAAGGGGGUUAUUUUUCACUGUCAGCGGUCUGCUUGAAGCCAAAGGAGGCUAAGAUCCUAGCACUGUGAUAUGGUCCUUUUUGGAGCUAGUGAAGUAAGCAUUUUGGGGGAUUUUCUUGAGGGGAACAGACUAGGGCACAGAGGCUGAUAUCGGUAGUGGUCCUCGCUGCUCCAGAAAAAAGACCAAAACGUCUUAAGCCUGGCAUGCCCUCUUCUGUCUGUCUAUCAGAGCACCAGGAGUUAAACCUGAUGCUUGCUUUGGCGUGAACUAAAACUAAGCACUUUUACCAAAUCCAAAUAUCAAUCCCCCAAGUGUGUAAGAAGAAGUGCAUCUUCCUUUGUCCUGUCUUUUUUUUAUCUUCUUCACAACAAAUGCCUUCUAUGUUCAUCCUGACAGCAUUGCCUUUUGUUUUAUCACACAAGUUAAAAUGUAAUGGCUUCUGGAGUUAAUCAUUAUGAGGGGGAGUAAUCCAUCACCAUCACACUGUUUGUGUCCAUUAGUUCCGUGUUAUUUUUACUUUAUUUUAACCUUACUGCUUUGUGUGCAUGUGUCUGUGUGUCCCUUCCCUAUAGCUGAACACUGUGGCCACUCCCAGCCAGUAAGAAAGGACAGGAAUGAGCCCUGUUGCAUGGUGGGUAGGAUGUUUUGUUGGAAAAGUGACCCACUUCCCAUGCAGAAAGAUCACACCACCAGUUGGAUCGGGCUCACCACGGUAACACUCGAGGGCAGGGGGGGGGCCUGGAGACGUUAACAGACGUAAAGCUUUCAACACUGCACGACCCAUCACUUCACCCGACCUCGCCGACUUCAUCACUGCACAUUCACACGUCUCCAUUUAGCCUCUUGUCUGUCAGAAAGUGAUGGUUUUCCCAGUCAGAUGUGUUUGUCAUGCUUUUUGCAUUUCCUGAGAAAUGAAUGGUUGCCUCCUAACACCGAUCAGGCCUCCCUCAUAAAGAGUCACUGUUUACCUUUUUCAGCAAAUGUACCUGCGAAGUUUCAAUGCAGAACUUGCUGUUAAAGAGGAAGUGGCUGAGAUGAGGAACAUGUUUUCUUUUUUUUUUUGUUAUGCUACAAAGGUACAUCAGACAGAGACCUCACACUGUAGGUACACAGUCCUUCCUGGAUCAUUCGUCCUGUAUCCACACAUUGUAGCGUCUCUUUAUCCACCACAUACUGUAUAUGUAUAACUGUGAUAAACAAUGUAAUCUUGCACGGGAGGAACUCUCUAACCAAACUCAAAGGGCAGAGGAACUGACACUACAAAGACUGUUUUAUAAUAAUAAUAUAACGGGGUGGCUUUUAUUUUAUUUCAAAGUUGUCCCUCUUGUCUGUUUUUUUUUGUAUGUUUUAAUUGUUUUAUAGGACAAUUACGUGUCCUAAUGCUGGAACUGGAUCAGGUGCGGUUCAUUGCAGUUCUUCCCUGCGCCUUUGUUCAGUUAAUCUAAGCAAGAUUAUUCACCAAACCUGCCAUGCAGGCUGGUAUGUCUUUAGAUUUUAGCUGCAGAACAGAACAAUAGGACACAGCAUGUUUCUCCUAGCUAACUCCCAGUAUGUUGACUGUUAAUGGUACUUCUUGGUCAGCCAAUGUGUAUAUGGGUUCAUAGUCAGGUGGUUUUGAUUUAACUGUUGUAUAUGUGGUACGCUGUCAGGCCAGUAUGAUAACUCUAUGGUACACUGUCAUUAGUUCGCUGGUGUCGGCACCUUCAGCCAUCAGCCUGGUCCCGUUCUGCUUUUGCACAUUGCUGAGGAUCAGGAGAGAUUUUUCGGGACUAAUCUGAUGACAACAAUGAUGAGAAUGAUAUUGUACAUGAAACUAGCGGUCUGUAUUUUGAUACUUGAAUGAUUUUUGCUUUUAUAGAUAUCUAUAUAUAUAUAUAUAUAUAUAUGAUAUAUAUAUGUAUAUAUCUAUAUAUAUAUAUAUAUAUCUAUAUAUAUAUGUAUAUGUAUGUAUGUACGUAUGUAAUUUUUGACGUUUGUCAAAAGAGAGAAAAGGACUAUGUCUUAUAAAGUUAAACAUAUCGUGAAUAAAUACCCUGUGAUAAAAAAAAAAAAAAAAAAAGGCUGAGAAAACAAUGACUCAGAAGAGGGACCUCACUUCAGAAAAAAUAUUGUAAAUAAUCUUGGGCUUCCAGUCUUUUUUAUGAUUAUUUUUCAUAAUUGUACAACUAAUAAAUGGCGCAAUUAGAAA